UCCAUAGCAGAACCAACCAUAGCAGGACGUAGACAGCGGAGCGGGCGCAGUCUGAUGACGUCAUUGUGAAGGACGUCUAUCAUCUGCUUGGGCAGAAAGCUGCUGACUGUGACGUAAGGUUUCCAUGGAUACUGAGGUGUAAACAUAGUGCGGCUCUGGGGUCUGUGACAGCAGUGACUGACUCCGUGCUCGUACCGCCAUCGUGCCAUUCCCAGGGGAGACACCGAGGCUCAUUGAAACAUCAAUGGAAGGUCCAUUUCAUAAAGAGGAUUAUAUUUAACUUUACAGUAAUGCCGAACUACAAGGAAACUUCAGGGAGAAAUGAUGCUCGACCCCUCUCCGCCUGCCCAGACAUCCUUAUUGCAAAGAGAUAUUUGAUACAGCAAAAGCUAGGCAGAGGGAGCUUUGGAACAGUCUAUCUAGUAUUAGAUCAGAAGGCAAAAGAGGAAGAUAAACUAAAGGUGCUGAAGGAGAUAUCUGUUGGAGAGGUAAACCCCAAUGAAACUGUCCAAGCUAACCUGGAAGCACAGCUGUUGUCAAAGCUGGACCACCCUGCCAUUGUCAAGUUUCAUGCAAGCUUCCUAGAGAAUGCCAGUUUCUGCAUCAUCACAGAAUAUUGUGAGGGUCGAGACCUUGAUUGCAAAAUACACGAAUUUAAAAAUAAUGAAGAAUCCAUUCCUGAAAGUCAAGUGACAGAAUGGUUUAUCCAGUUGUUGCUUGGUGUCAGUUACAUGCAUGAGAGGAGAAUCCUUCACAGAGAUUUGAAAGCGAAGAAUAUAUUUUUGAAAAAUAAUCUACUUAAAAUUGGGGAUUUUGGGGUUUCUCGUCUUUUGAUGGGCUCAUGUGACCUGGCAACAACAUUCACUGGGACACCAUAUUAUAUGAGCCCUGAAGCUUUGAAACACCAGGGAUAUGACUCAAAGUCAGACAUUUGGUCUGUUGGUUGCAUUCUUCAUGAAAUGUGCUGCUUGGAACACGCAUUUACUGGCCAUAGUUUUUUAGCGGUUGUUCUAAAAAUUGUGGAAGGUCCAACACCAUCUUUACCUGAUCGCUACUCUAUUGACCUUAAUUUACUAAUGAUCAGGAUGCUGGGCAAAGAUCCUUCACUUCGCCCUGGAGCUGGGGAAAUACUACAGGCUCCUUAUAUAACAGAGCAACUACAGAAAGUACAGUGGAAGCUAUAUGGAGCUAUGCUACAAGAUGACAAAACAAUAAUCUGCCAGAAAGAAGCUGACCAAAUUAGAAAUGCUGUGCAACGAAAGUUCCAUCUUCAAACUCUUCGUGAGCUGUCAGAGGUCCAGAAAAUGACCCCGAGAGAAAGAAUGAGGUUAAGAAAGUUGAAUGCUGCCGAUGAGAAAGCAAAACGACUAAAACGACUUGCAGAGGAAAAAUAUCAAGAAAAUCAGAAACGAAUGCUCGAGUUGAGGUCUCGUAAUUUUCAGCGACUUAGUAUUGAUGUACUUCAUGGCACUGAUGAGCUUCCAAAUCACCUUAUACAAUCAGAGCCUGUAAGAGCAAAGUCUCACAGUAACCAUGAUGACAGUUAUAAAAAACCAGAUAACAGACUUUGUGCAUCGGAACCAUCAGGAUGUGAUAUUCCAGAAGACCCACAGGUAGCAGAAGAAUAUUACGAGGAUGGCUUUGAUUCUUGUUCUGAAGAUAGUGAUACAGAGUCCAUAGAAGAAGAAAACUAUGAUGAAGAGACACAAAUAACUCAAACAACAUAUCAGCAGGACACUGACAUCAAGGCUAUGAUGCUGCAUUUGGAAAAUGUCCUGGCUUCCACCUACGUAGAUACUCAGACUGCCACCAAAGAGUCUCCAUCAAUUCCCGGGAUAUCAAAUAAUAUCAAUGACACUAUGGCACAGACUAAACUGAAGCGCAUGAGAGAAUCAGCUUUACAAAGUUUGGGAGUGGAAACAUAUGAAGAGGUUUAUAAGUACCUCAAGAUGACACGACAAAAUAACACCAGUGAAAAAGAGGUGAAGCAGCAUCUGGAGACCUUGGUGUCUAUGGCUAGUGAGUGCUUUCUGGUGGACCAGAUUCUCUACUUUGAAGAGGAGCUCUUAGCUGCAUCAGCAAGGCAAAGCAAAGCCUGACGUCAGUUACCCCUGGAGAAAAUCGGAUGCAACCAGACGUGCUACUAAUAUGCAUCUCAGAAGGCUGCAAAUCAUUUCUCCUGCAGAUUACAUCUGCACAUCUCCUGCUGCCAGAUAUUAUCCAUUUACAAGGAGAAAUCAAUGGGAAACAUUUUUAAUUCUCUAAAAUGUUGAGGUGUUUUACCAGUUUCAACAGUAUUGCAUAACAUUAAAUGUAAAUGUUGUGUUCUAAAAAGAGAAAGCGGAUUUGAUAUUUACAUGUAAAAUACGGUAUAAUCUAUGUUACGCUUAAAAGUAAAAUAUGACUUUACAAUUGCAGGGUCCUGUGGCAUAUCUGUCUGUUGUAUUAUGUCUUAAAUGUAAAAACAUAGAAUUUGAUGGCAGAUAAGAACCACUUGGCCCAUGUAGUCUGCCCAUGUACUGUACAUACGCACACUUACAUACUAGGUUUAAUUUUUGUCAGGAGCCAAUUAACCUACCAGUAUAUUUUUGGAGUAUGGGAGCAAACCAGAGCACCCGAAGGAAACCCACACAAGUACAGGGAGAAUAUACAAACUCCAGACAGUUAAGGCCAUGGUGGGAAUCGAUUUCAUGACCUCAGUGCUGUAAGGCGGUAAUGCUAACCAUUACACCAUCCGUACAGUACCCUUAGGCUGAUGGGGCAACCAGAGCUGUUAGAUCACUUCCCAACAGUCGGACUUACUGUAAAUACACCUGGCUAGAAGUCCAGAGACCUCACAAUUCAGCUGCCAAUGGUGUAAAGAUGUUUCUCAGAGAGUAAAAAAGUGGAAAGCUUUGAAUGUAGAGGCAAUGACAUUUGAAACCUGUUCAAUUCAGUUUACUAGUCAGGAGGAGGGGAACAUUCUAGAACAGAUGUGUUAUCUUUCUUCCGGUUUCAAUUAACAAUGGAACAUUGGGGAAGUACUAGUUCAAAACUGUAUGCAUUUCAGGUAAAAUCAAACUAAAUGUGGCACAGGUUGUUUCUGCAGCAGGUUACAUUGGUUUCCACAGGGAAACAUUGGUGUGUAGAGUGGAUCUUGAUCCAGAGGCACCAACAGGCUAAAGCUUUAGACUGUCCCAGGAUGCAUUGGGGCCUCCUCUGUAACCCCACCUCCAGGCACUGUGAGCUCAGUUUCAGUUGGUGUCUGCAGCAACAGGUCACUUAACAGGUGGGCUGCACUGGGCAGCCCUGUAAAAGCUUUUUCUAACAGAAAUGUCUUCAAAACUGGGCUGUCAGCGCUGUAUGUCAUGGUGACAAUUCAGCGCUGCAGCUCCGUCACCUCCGAAGCGGCGUUGCAUACUCCUGCGGCCUGUUCCUGGGUGCUUGCGGCUUUAGGCACACGGUCGUAGUCGCUCUCCUGGUUCGUGUGGCUUCUACGGGGAGGAGGUAAAAGGGUCCCCCAGAUGGGACCCACCAUUAACUCGCGACCUAGGGAGACGGGUCGCGCUGCUGUCAUGGACACUGUCACCGAACAGGGACCCCACUAGACCACCAGGGCAAGAGAACACAGGUCAGGUGUACUAACGCCCCAUUUAAUAAGGCUUGCUAGUACCUGGGGUGGAAGUCCAGCAUAGGAGAGCUGGCGCUUGACCUGUAGCCUCUCCCCGGCCCAGGGCGACAUCUACUGCAGAUUUUCCUGCCCUGGAGCUACCUCACACUCUCCCUCACUCCCUGACUGAGACGCUGGGCACCAUCUUCUAAGCAGGCUGGUCUCUGGGUCUGCAGGGCAAGGUUUCCCUUGUAAAGCCGCCUGUAUACAGUGCUGUGACUUUAUAAACACUUGAGUAUUCUACAUGUCUUUAUACAGACAGCACUAGUUAAGAAAAAGUGUACCUAUUACAGAAUAUAUUGUACGAGCAUUCUGAUAUAUACUGUACCUCCGGUCUAGGACCACGCUUUGAGAUAUAUAUAUACAUUUUGAGCAAUUGAGCAGGGCCAUCCCUUCUGGAUCCCCAACUGGGUCUUGCUCACAAUGGACGCCAGUCUGCGGUGAUGGGGUGUGGUGUUGGAGCAACACUCUUUUCAUGGUCGCUGGACCAAGGAGGAGUCACUCCUCCCAAUAAACAUUUUGGAGUUGCAGGCGGUGUUCAAUGCAUUGACUCUCGCACUGCCUCUGGUACAGAACAGGCCGGUUCAAUUAAGGUGAGACAAUGCCACUACGGUGGCAUACAUAAACCAUCAAGGCAGCACUCAAAACUGCAUGACAAUGAUGGAAAGUUUCCAAUGAUGGAAAGUUUCCAAUGAUGGAAAGUUUCCAAUGAUGGAAAGUGUCAAAAUUCCUUCGUUGGGCGGAGUGCCAUCUGCCAGCAAUAUCAGCAAUGUUCAUUCUGGGUGUCCUAAACUGGGAAGUGGACUUCCUCAGUCACCAGGACGUGCAUGCCGGAGAGUGGAGUCUUCAUCCGGAAGUCUUUCAACUCCUAGUGGACAAUGGGAGUAGUACCUCUACAUUGGGUUAUUAUUAAGCACUUUAUAUAAUAUGCCCUAUGUUAUUAAUUGAUGUACUAUUCAAGUGUUUUAUCCAUGGAUUUUACUAAUUUAUUAAUAUCUAUCAUGUGGACAUUAUGGGCUACUGUAUAGAAAUGUACUAGCACUUUAUAUUUAUAAUGCAUAUUGUUUUAAAACUUAUUAGUAAUCCAUUUAUAAAAUUCUGUAUAUACAGUAUUGUUUUAUUACUGUUUGCUGGAUUAUUGAUCCAAUUGUCACUUCGUAUAGACAGGAUGCGGUCCACAGCAUGUCUUAAUAGUAGUAACACGCUUCCAGGUUUACCCAGUGGAACGCAGAAUUGCUUGUGCGUUCCACGGACUCAAACAAUGUUUUCUGGAGGCGUGAUGCAUGUCCGUUACUUUAUGACUUCCGCCACCAGCGGGAGCGCUUGGUGGGCGAAAGCGGGAGGGGAUUGCUGGAGAGAGGAUGCACUUCCACUCAUGACGCGCUUCCACCACCAGCGGGAGCACUCGGAAGCGGAAGCGGAAGUGACAGCAUGCGUUCCAGAGAGCUGGAACGUACAAACAUUUUAGUUCUUUAUUUAUGAUAUUACAAUGUUUUUGAUUGCAUAUACCCAGCGUUGUUAUUAAGGAUGUGUCUAGCAAUACCACAACUAAUAAGUGUAAAUCACCUAAACACAGUCUGAACAGUCUGAGCUAAUCACAUUUUACCAGGAGGUUUAAAUAACCCAGGCUUAUAGGCCACCAAACACCUUGACAAAGGCUCUUAAGGAGCUGAAAUACGUUGGUGAUAUUUGGGACAGAUUGUAGCAGACCGAGAAGUGAGUGGGUGUGAACAGAAGUUGCUGAGCCAGUGGUGAAGGUGCUGGUAUCUUGGGAGGUACCUGAUCAAACAUCACAUAUGCGCUAAAGGGUGGGCACUUCUUGACACCCCACUAGAUUUGGUACGCACACUUGCCCAAAAUUUUUUGGGUAGAUUCUGAUUUUAUGGAAAUAAAUCUUGAUGUCUAAUUGGAAAUAAACUGUACUUCACUAUAUAUUCCUCAAUUUUUGUUUUUUUGGAGGAACACGAAUUGAAAUAGAAACUGGUUAUGAAAUUCGUUGGAGGGAUUGUGUCACGACUGUGGUUUUUGUGAACCCGGCGUGUAUGUGAAGUCCAUGUGGGUAACUGGAGGACUAUGUGUAUAUUUGGUUGGUCUGUGGGAAUCAGUGAGAUGAAGUAGUAAGGAGUAGUAAGGGAGUCGAACCCGGGCCUUGGCAGAGGGAGCCGUGUCCUGACCACUGGAUCACCAGGGACUUGGUGUUGAUAGCAGGAUGGUGAAUGUAUUGGUGAAAAUGAACUGGAUAUACUGUCACAGGAGUAGGUGUUUGUGUGCUCAAGGUUACUAUGAAAUAGGUUCUCUGGAGUUGCGCAGAACUGGGAGGAGAGCUGAAGACAUUGAACCGGACUGGUUACCGGUAAGACUGAGAACCAGGCUGGUUGCCGGUGAGACUGAGAACCGCACUGUGAACCGGGCUGUGUACUGGUAAACUGGAACGCAACUGUAAUCCAGGCUGGUACUGGAUAUAACUGGAAACGCAACCGUAAGUAGAACUAUGACCAUGGCUGUGACUUUAAGACAAGGCUGAAGAAGAAAAAAAAGAGAUGGUCUUUAGCGCUAUAGCGAGAAGUGGUACCUCUUAUCUGUAUAUCAGCAGCCACUGGGACAGGGGGAUUGGCAACCCCAAAACACUAGCAGCACAACAAAAAAGUCCAUGUGGCGCUUAAUCA